AUCCAGCACAAGCCACACUCAAUUAGCUCCAGUAUUUUUUAUUAUUAUAAUUUUUUAAACGCUAGUGUGACCUUGGUUUCUAUCCCUAUCGCAUCUUUGCUCCACCAUGGCCUCUUCGGACGGGCUGGGGGAGGACUGUGUGCUGCAGAGGGGACGGUCUCAGAGUGACCCGAGCAGCAUCCCCGAGCUCCGCUUGGCUGAGACGCACAGAGAAGAUGUGAUGGACCAGCAUAGGUCGCUGCACUCAGGGUGCCUUGUCUCAGGGGUUCGUACACCUCCAGUCCGACGCAAUAGUAAACUGGCCAGCCUCGGACGCAUCUUCAAACCCUGGAAAUGGAGGAAAAAGAAGAACGAGAAGCUGAAGCCGGCUGCAGCUGUGGAUAAGAAGACAGCUCUGAGACAGCAAAGAGAUGAUUUUCUUAAGCAAAGUCCUGGGGAGGCGGAGACAGAUCUUCAGUGUGGGGCCAAUGGUGAGGAGGAUGCAGACACACCCACACAUUCGGAUGAAGAGGAGCGGGACGAGGAGCCUGUAGCCCCUCUGGCCUGUACCAACGAUGAGCUGGGCAGUGAUCUGGAGGGCUCCACAGUACAAGAUGUGACAGAGGCAGACACAAGGACCAUGGCAGAUCCCAGUCCCACAGUAGACGGUGAAGAUGACUGCACCACCAUAAGCGACCCAAGUGAAGAGCUCCCGGUGGGCAAAGCAGAGUCAACUGAAGUCAAACAAGAAGUCGUAGUGGUACAGCCUCAGAGACGAGCAAGCACCCCACCUCCUCCAACCUUCCCAGUCAAACUGCUUCCCAGACUAGGCAGCUUAGAUGCUGCUCCCCCCGUGCCAGUUAAGAAAUCUCCAGCCACUUUACCCAGAAACUUUACUUUACCCAAAGACCCUCAUGGUUCACUACUGAGAGGCCGCAUUUCCACACCGACUGGCUCUCCCCACUUGGGGGCGCUGAACCCACAGCUACCACCCAGCUGCAUCAUAGAAGAGCUGCACCGGGCCCUGGCUACCAAACACAGGCAGGACAGUUUCCAGGCCAAAGAGGUCCGUUCUUCGCCCAAGCGGCGUCUUGAGGGCCGGCUGUCCCGUACCCCCAGCACUGAGAAGCAGAACAGCGGUGAACAGAAGCCAGAUAACAAGAAGGAAUGUGAUGAGAACAAGGAGAACUGGCGUCUGGAUGAGUACUUAAGCGAUCCGGACAGCUGGAACGACUCUGUGAUCUCCGGAACACUCCCACGCAGAAUGAGGAAAGAGCUGCUCGCCGUGAAGCUGAGAAACCGGCCGAGCAAACAAGAGCUGGAGGACCGCAAUAUCUUCCCCGUACGCAGUGACCAGGAGCGCCAGGAGAUCAGGCAACAGAUCGAGAUGAAGCUGGCCAAGAGACUGAGCCAACGACCGGGAGUGGAGGAGCUGGAGAGCAGGAACAUCCUCAAGCAAAGAAAUGACCAGAGUGAACAGGAGGAGAGGAGGGAAAUCAAACAGCGGCUCAACAGAAAGUUGAACCAGCGGCCCACAGUGGACGAGCUGCGUGACAGAAAGAUCCUGAUCCGUUUUAGUGACUAUGUGGAAGUGGCCAAAGCUCAGGACUAUGACAGGAGAGCAGACAAACCAUGGACCAGGCUGUCUGCUGCUGACAAGGCAGCCAUUCGGAAGGAGCUGAAUGAGUUCAAGAGUAAUGAGAUGGAAGUCCAUUCUUCGAGCAAGCACCUAACAAGGUUCCAUCGGCCAUAGUGAGGUUUCUUCUGUGAAGAGCUGCUGAAUGGUAUUGUUAGUGAAGACCUUGCAUGGAGUCUUCCAGUGCCCACGGUAGUGGGCUCCUGAUAUUUGGGUCCAGACACUUGGAGGCUAUGUCUCUAGAUUCAAAGUGAGCAGUAUGGUCGUCCCAGAGAGCUCCACCUUUGCCUUCUCCUUUACCCUCACUUCAGCUUGUCCAAGGAGCAGCGAGAAUCCAGGUCGAGCAAUUGCCAUAGAGACUUCUUUUGUAAACAGACUCUUUUAGAAGAGAUUUUUUGAUGCCAUAAUGGGGAAACAUGCAUGUGACCAACGUCCCACUUCAGUAUCAGUCGUCACAUCCCCCACUGAGGACUCCAGUUGUGUUUCAUAUCGACAGUGUACAUGUUCUAACAGAAACCUCUGUAACAGACAGACUCCCUUUGUAAGCACUAUUUA